AUGGCGUCCUCCGGCCACGCCCACCUCUUCCUAAUAUUUCUGUGCAUCCUGCUCUUCUGCCUGCCCGGCAGCGGCGUGUACGCGUUUGGCGCGGGCAACAUCCCGAGCUUCGCGUACUUGGAAGGCAAGGCGUUCCGCCAUGGAGACAUCGAAGAUGCGCUCGCGGAUAUGGCGAAACGCGCCGCAUCAGGGGGAUUCGCGCUCGGCGCACUACUGGGUGCGGGCGGCGGGAAGAAGUUCAAGGCAUUGGAUGUGAAGCGGGUGUAUUUUGGUAACUGGUUGAGAGACUACAGUCAGGCUGUCGAUACCGCAGGAUUGUCGAAGCUCCAACUCCAGACCAUCAUCAACCUAUGCAUGGUCCUCGGCUUCCUCGCGCACGGUUACGCCACCGGGGAAUUCGAGGUCACCAUCGAGCGGCUUGGUGUCUAUCUCCCCACGGAACACAUCGACAACCCGAAGGGCUACCCCGACAACGCGCGCACCUUCGACUCGCGCCUGCGCGGGCCUGUGAACCCCCAGGAGCUCGAGAUUGACCGCAAGACGGGGAUGAAGAACUACAUUGCGAACGAACAUGGCAACUGGGAUACGUCGAAGGCGCUCGUGCGGCGCGUGCUGCACCAAUGCAUUGACAUUGGCAGGCGGUAUCGUCAGAAUAACCAGAAGGAUGACUUGUACGAGGCAUACAGGCUCCUUGGGCAAGCGCUACACACUUUGGAAGACUUCGCGGCGCAUUCGAACUUCUGCGAGCUUGCGCUGGUAGCUAUGGGCUUCACGGACGUCUUCGUCCAUGUCGGCGACCGUGUCCGUAUCCAGGCUCCCGAUGGCAAGUACGUAGCCCCUUUGGUAACGGGCACUUUCGGCUCGAACGACUUCAUCCACAGUCUGCUUGGAGGUGGUCAAGCCUCCGUCGUCGACCUGAACGCCCAACUCGAGAAAGCGCGCGCCUCCUCCAACACGUCCUCCGCGAACAACCUCCGCGAGCUCCUCUCGAGCCUGCCCGACGGCAGCGGUGGCGAGCUCACGCGCGAGAUGGCGGGCGUCGAGCGCAUCCGCGCCGCGGGCCAGCGCAGCCGCGAUAUGGGCGAUGUGAAGUCUCCGGACCAGAUGAACCCCCAAGAGUUGCAUGCGACGCUCUGGCAGGUGUUGAGCUUUAGGGACACUGUCAUGAAGAAAGUCUCUAUCAUCAUCGAUAAGAUCCCUGGUUUGAGCUCAGUGCUCGAUAAGAUCAGCGACUCCCUCUCCGUUUUCGUCUUUACUACGCUGGAGCCGUUUUUGAAGCCAAUCAUGAAGCAAGCGACGGCAGGCCUCUCUGCAGCGUCAGGCGAAGUUAUCGAUAAGCAGGACCAAUACGAGGUCUUCGACAGCCCUAACGCGUCUGAUCCUACCCACUCAUUCCUGAGCAAAGACCACUUCAACCUGAUUCUGAACGAGCCUGCUGGGCACUUGGGCAAGCUUAUAUUGCAAUACGCCGUGACACGGGUCGUCAAAGCUUGGGACGAUGUCGGCAUCAACCCCCACGAUGUGACUGAAGACAUCCUUCACUGCUUGUUCCAUCCCGACUUCCACAUCCGCAGCUCUGAGAUUCAGCGUCAAAUGCUGGACUACAUGAAGCGAUGGGUAGACGAGCUCGGCUCCGACCGAAACGAAGUUCUGCGACGCCUCACCAAGCAGAACGUGCGGAACCACAUGAAUGUCCGCAUCGGCCAUGAGGGCCAGGCGCAAGGCUUCACAGCGGCGCAGCAGGCAGGGAUGCAGGCGCAGACCGAUCUCCUCGGCUCUGUCGGCCUGCGCGAAAGCAACCCUUAUGGAGCCGGUGCUGCACGGAGCAUGCAGGAGACUGUACCGGAGCAUCACCGCCCACACCAUGGCAACCACGGCCACCACGGCGGUGGCCACGCGCAGACGUACUACGGGGAGAGCCAGACGGUGCGCAUGCCCGGCGAGGAGAUACGCACGAGCUACGAGUCGAGCUACGCGCCUCCCUCGGGCCCGCCGCCCAGCUUCCCCGGUGCGGAGCCCAGCACAGGAUACGCGCCCUCGUACAUUGGCGGCGGAGGCGGCCCCGGAGGGUACGGAGGCGGUGGGUACGGCGAGUCCGCUCCCGGGUUCCCUACGGCGCAACCACACCAUGGAGGCCACCACGGGCAUCAUGGACAUCAUGCGGGCGGUGGGUAUCCUCCGCCAGAGGGACCGCCGGGCUUCCCGCAGCCUGGAGGACCGCCUGGGUUCCCGGAGGCUAGGAAGGGGUACCCGCCUAACGAUGAUCCGUACAGCCGGUGGUGA